AUGCAUUCCAGCACGGCAAUCCUGCGCCUGUUGGCAGUCGCAUCCGCCAUUACUGGGGUAACAUCUUCCCCUACCCCGGAAGACACUUCGCAAGACACGGAUCUGUGGUACAUCAACUACCACAACGAUGGAUGGUAUUGCGUACGGCCUGAUCGGUCCCGUAUAGAUUCUGGCACAGACUGGAACCCACCCUUUGGAAACACCCUAUGCCUUGACCAAGUUCGCACUUGCCAGGCCUUCUGCAGCACCAGAGGCGGUACCAGGGCCGGCGAGAACGUGUGUAUAUCCGAUAACGAGGGCGAGGACGACCCGUCGCGGUCGAUUAAUUACUGCACUACGUGUAAAUGCCAGGAAGACGCGGGUCCAAAUCCCGUUGCUGAAUAUUCCGGCUCUCUUGCUCAGUACAUGUGUCGUCGACUUGGGUUCCCCGACGACGUUUGCAAUACCAAGGUUGCCACCACCGCUUCUGGCUUCAUUGCGAGCCCCAUUACCUCCUCUUCAGUUGCAUCCGCCACCGCCAGGCUGCCGAAUGGAAGUCUCGAGGUCAGGCCUCUUCAAAUCAUCUCCGAGGUUGCCACAUCAGCUGGGACCUCAAGCACGGCAUCAAGCAUGCCAGAAUCAACUUUGGAGAGUCCAACCACCUCCCUUACCCCUCGGCCUGCGUCAACCGUGGACCAAGCAAGUCAACCGUCGCCCACUGAGGAACCAGUGUUUGAUUCUGGAGCGAUGAAAACAGCAGCUGGUGUCGUUGGCGUUAUUGUGGCGGCGGCAGUAGUGAUUUAA